AUCAUUGAGAUCAAAGUUACAAAGUGAAGUGUUUGCCAUGGAGAAGGAGGUUGAGGAAUAUAAAAGAUUCAAUCCGAACGAUCCAACCAUCAAGACAAAAGCUCUCCUUACUCUUAUUCAAAAUUUUGGUGAUGAUUUUGAGAGGACGAUAGAAGGAGGAGGAGGAGCUGAAGUUGUAAUGUCAGAGCUGACGUGUGGAGCUAAAAUUAAUAAAAUAUUUCACGAGAGAUUCCCCUUUGAACUAGUCAAGUUUGAGAAAGAUGAGAAGGCCAUGAGAAAGGAGAUAGCGUUCACCAUCCAGAACAUACAGGGUGUCAGGGUUGGUUUGUUUACUCCUGAUAUGGCCUUUGAAGCCAUUACGAAGAACCAAAUUGAGAAGCUUAUGUCUCCAGCACUGAAAUGUGUUGACAUGGUGUCAGCAGAACUCAUGACGGCUGUGAAGAGCUGUGCCGAUGGGAUGAAUCGUUAUCCGUUGCUAAGAGAUGAGACGGAGAGGAUCCUGUCAACAUUCUUAAGAGAGCAAGAACAGAAAGCAAAGGACCACGUAAUA